CAGAUAGUAAUUCAGAAUCAGAUACAGAAGGAUCAGAAGAAGACGAUGAUGAGAAAGACCAGGAUGAAUCAGAUAGUGAUACUGAAGGAGAGAAAACCGCAAUGAAACUGAAUCAAACAACUUCCUCUGCCAAAAGCCCUUCCAUCAGUCUCACAGCUCACUCAACACCUCAUAACCUCCACAUAGGAAAAGCCCCAGGCUCCGCUCCUGCUGCCCUAUGUUCUGAGUCCCAGUCACCUGCUUUUCUUGGCACUUCUUCUUCCACACUUACUUCAAGUCCACACUCUGGUACCUCCAAAAGAAGAAGGGUGACUGAUGAACGGGGACUGCAUGUUCCUUUGGACUACGGCUGGCAGCGAGAGACGAGAGUAAGAAACUUUGGAGGGCACCUUCAAGGAGAAGUAGCAUAUUAUGCUCCAUGUGGAAAGAAACUUAGGCAGUACCCUGAAGUAAUAAAGUAUCUCAGCAGAAAUGGAAUAAUGGAUAUCUCAAGGGACAAUUUCAGCUUCAGUGCAAAAGUAAGAGUGGGUGACUUCUAUGAAGCCAGAGAUGGACCGCAGGGAAUGCAGUGGUGUCUUUUGAAAGAAGAGGAUGUAAUUCCUCGUAUCAGAGCAAUGGAAGGCCGAAGAGGAAGACCACCAAAUCCAGACAGACAAAGAGCAAGAGAGGAAUCCAGGAUGAAACGUCGGAAAGGUCGCCCUCCCAAUGUUGGCAGUGCUGAAUUCCUAGAUAACACAGAUGCAAAAUUAUUAAGAAAACUACAAGCUCAAGAAAUAGCCAGACAGGCAGCACAAAUAAAGCUUUUGAGAAAACUUCAAAAGCAGGAACAGGCUCGGGUUGCCAAGGAAGCCAAAAAGCAACAAGCAAUAAUGGCUGCUGAAGAGAAGCGAAAACAAAAAGAACAGAUAAAGAUUAUGAAACAGCAGGAAAAAAUUAAGAGAAUACAGCAAAUCAGAAUGGAAAAAGAACUUCGAGCUCAGCAAAUUCUAGAGGAAAAAGAAAUGAGACGCCAACAAGCUGUUCUUCUGAAGCAUCAGGAGUUGGAGAGGCAUAGACUAGAUAUGGUAUGGGAACGGGAGCGAAGGCGACAACAUAUGAUGCUUAUGAAAGCUAUGGAAGCUCGUAAAAAAGCAGAAGAAAAAGAACGAUUAAAACAAGAAAAACGUGAUGAAAAAAGGUUAAAUAAGGAACGUAAACUAGAGCAACGAAGAUUAGAAUUAGAAAUGGCAAAGGAACUAAAGAAGCCUAAUGAAGACAUGUGCUUAGCAGAUCAAAAGCCUUUGCCAGAGUUGCCUCGUAUUCCAGGACUUGUUCUCUCUGGAAGUACAUUUUCAGACUGUCUCAUGGUGGUGCAGUUCUUACGAAACUUUGGUAAAGUUUUGGGCUUUGAUGUGAAUACUGAUGUUCCAAACCUCAGUGUUCUUCAAGAGGGAUUGCUAAAUAUAGGGGACAGCAUGGGUGAAGUACAAGACUUGCUUGUGAGACUCCUCUCAGCUGCUGUAUGUGAUCCAGGUCUAAUUACAGGAUACAAGGCCAAAACAGCUCUUGGAGAACAUUUGCUGAAUGUUGGUGUCAAUCGAGACAAUGUAUCCGAGGUUUUGCAGAUUUUUAUGGAAGCCCACUGUGGACAGACAGAGCUUACUGAAAGCCUGAAGACCAAAGCUUUUCAGGCUCACACUCCAGCACAGAAAGCUUCAGUCCUAGCUUUCCUGAUUAAUGAAUUGGCAUGUAGCAAGAGUGUGGUUAGUGAAAUUGACAAGAACAUUGAUUAUAUGUCAAACCUGAGGAGAGAUAAAUGGGUAGUAGAAGGGAAACUCCGCAAGCUUAGAAUAAUUCAUGCUAAGAAAACAGGCAAAAGAGACACUUCAGGAGGCAUUGAUCUCGGAGAAGAGCAACAUCCUUUGGGGACUCCUACUCCAGGACGCAAGCGGAGAAGGAAGGGAGGAGACAGUGAUUAUGAUGAUGAUGAUGAUGAUGAGAGUGAUGACCAAGUUGAUGAGGAUGAUGAAGAUGAAGACGAUAAAGAUGACAAAAAAGGGAAAAAGACAGAUGUCUGUGAAGAUGAGGAUGAAGGUGACCAAGCAGCAAGUGUUGAAGAGCUAGAAAAACAGAUUGAAAAACUGAGCAAACAACAGGGCCAGUACAGAAGAAAGCUCUUUGAUGCUUCUCACUCAUUACGGUCGAUGAUGUUCGGCCAAGAUCGUUACCGACGCAGAUACUGGAUUCUUCCCCAGUGUGGAGGGAUUUUUGUAGAAGGCAUGGAAAGUGGUGAAGGACUAGAAGAAAUUGCAAAAGAAAAAGAAAAACUUAAAAAGGCAGAAAGUAUCCAGAUCAAAGAAGAAAUGUUUGAGACUUCUGGGGACACUUUAAAUUGUUCAAAUAUAGAUCACUGUGAACAAAAGGAGGAUCUUAAAGAAAGAGACAACCCAAACCUGUUUCUUCAGAAACCUGGCUCUUUUUCCAAAUUAAGCAAGCUUUUGGAAGUAGCUAAGAUGCCUCCUGAGUCAGAUGUGAUGAGCCCAAAAGCGAACAUUAGCACAAAUGGGUGCCCACUGUCUCAUCAGAACACUGGGAAGCAUUCAUUAGGGAGCAUUCCCUCAACAGCAGCACAAAGCAGUGUGGAGAAGACAGAUGCUAAUCUGUUUAACACUGGUUCAAGUGGUUCUGGGAAGUUUUACAGUCCUCUCCCCAAUGACCAAUUGUUAAAAACACUGACAGAAAAGAACAGACAAUGGUUUAGCCUUUUGCCAAAAGCACCUUGUGAUGAUACUUCUCUGACCCAUGCUGACAGUUCAGCUGCUUCAGUGACUUCACAGUCUCAGCCACCAUCUAAGUCACCUUCCCCUGCUCCAGCUCCUCUUCUUGGAUCAUCUACUCAUAACCCUGCUGGCCCGAAUCCAUUUGCUUUAUCACCUCUUCAGGUGAAAAGUGGAGUAUCUAUGAUGGGACUUCAGUUUUGUGGGUGGCCCACUAGUGUGCUUACUUCCAAUAUCCCAUUUACGUCACCUUUGCCUAGUCUGGGGUCAGCACUGGGAUUAUCAGAAGGAAAUGGUAAUUCAUUCUUGACUUCCAGUGUUGUUUCAAGUAAAAGUGAAUCUCCAGUACCUCAGAAUGAAAAGACCUCUACAGUUCAGCCAGCAGCCAUCGAAGUAGCAAAAGCAGUUGAUUUCCCUAGUCCCAAACCAAUUCCAGAAGAAAUGCAGUUUGGUUGGUGGAGAAUUAUUGACCCAGAAGACCUAAAAACCUUGCUCAAAGUGCUCCAUCUCAGAGGAAUAAGAGAAAAGGCAUUACAGAAACAGAUACAGAAGCACCUGGAUUAUAUAACUCAAGCCUGCAUCAAAAAUAAGGAUGUUGCUAUUAUUGAAUUAAAUGAACAUGAAGAAAACCACGUAACUCGAGAUAUUGUGGAAAACUGGUCAGUAGAAGAACAAGCGAUGGAAAUGGAUUUGAGUAUUCUCCAGCAAGUCGAAGAUCUAGAAAGGAGAGUUGCAUCGGCAAGUUUGCAAGUGAAGGGUUGGAUGUGUCCAGAGCCUGCAUCAGAAAGGGAGGAUUUGGUAUAUUUUGAACAUAAGUCAUUUACUAAAUUGUACAAAGAGCAUGAUGGAGAACUUACUGGUGAAGAAGAAAACAGUGCACAUGCACUAGAACGGAAGAGUGACAACCCCCUAGAUAUAGCUGUAACCAGGCUGGCUGAUUUGGAGCGGAACAUUGAAAGAAGGUAUCUGAAGAGCCCCUUAAGUACCACCAUUCAGAUCAAAGUGGAUAAUGUGGGCACAGUUACUGUCCCUGCUCCUGCACCAUCCAUUAGUGGUGAUGGUGACGGAAUUGAAGAGGAUAUUGCUCCAGGGCUCAGGGUAUGGAGAAGGGCAUUAUCAGAAGCUCGCAGUGCUGCACAGGUAGCUCUGUGCAUUCAGCAAUUACAGAAAUCAAUAGCAUGGGAAAAAUCAAUUAUGAAAGUUUAUUGCCAGAUCUGUCGAAAAGGAGAUAAUGAGGAACUGCUUCUUCUUUGUGAUGGCUGUGACAAAGGCUGUCAUACCUACUGCCAUAGACCCAAGAUUACAACUAUUCCAGAUGGGGACUGGUUUUGUCCAGCUUGCAUUGCUAAGGCAAGUGGUCAAACCAUAAAAAUUAAAAAACUUCAUGUCAAAGGAAAAAAGACUAAUGAGUCAAAGAAAGGCAAGAAAGUAACUGUAACAGGGGACACUGAAGAUGAAGACUCUGCUUCUACAAGUAGUUCACUUAAAAGAGGAAACAAAGAUCCCAAAAAAAGGAAAAUGGAGGAAAACUCUUCAAUGAAUGUAUCAAAAUUAGAAAGUGCUACUACUCUUAAGAAACCUAAAAGAGAUGACCCCAAGGACCUAGCUCUUUGCAGUUUGAUCCUUGCCGACAUGGAAACUCAUGAAGAUGCCUGGCCUUUUCUACUUCCUGUAAACUUGAAACUUGUGCCUGGUUAUAAGAAAGUUAUUAAAAAACCUAUGGAUUUUUCUACAAUUAGAGAGAAACUAAAUAAUGGACAAUAUCCUGACUUUGAAACCUUUGCUCUAGAUGUCAGGCUUGUUUUUGACAACUGUGAAACAUUUAAUGAAGACGACUCCGACAUAGGCAGAGCUGGCCACAGUAUGAGAAAGUACUUUGAAAAAAAGUGGACAGCUACUUUCAAAGUGAGCUGAAGUCAUAAUCUUUUUUUUCUUUUUCCUUUGACACAAGGACAGACAAAACCAGCAAUGUGAACUGCAUUUACAUAAAUGUGCAAGGCACAUAAUGACAUGUUUUCCUUAAAAUAAGUAUAUAUAUAUAUAUAUAUGUGUGUGUAUAUAUAUACAUACAUAUAUGUAUAUAUACAUAUUUUUAAAAGGCUGAGAAUGAUACCAUUUUUAAAGGCUUCACUCCCACAACCAAGAUCCUUGGUUAUUGGUUUGUGUGAUUUAUCAGCUAAUUUAGGUAGAACAGGGAAGCACACCCAAAGAAUUUUCAAAGGAAAGGGUGUUAUAGUGCAAUAGCAAUUCAAAUGUACCAAUCGCACUGAAUAUUCAACACCAGAGCUCUAAUGUGGGAAAUGGUUCUCCUUUCCCUCUCAAUAAAUAUCUAUUUUUCAUUUUUUUACUUUGUAGUUUAUUUUUUAGUGAAUGUAUUUAAUUUUAUGAAUUAUUUAUGAUUAAACCACAUCCAGAAUCUUCGUUUUCUGUGAAAAGGAAGAACUAGAAAAUUGCUUUAAAUCUUGAAAAUACAACAAGGAAUGUUUUAAAAUGUAAAACAAAGCCAAGUUAAACUGUUUACACUGAUGUGCUAUAAAAGCACCAAAAAUAAACUUUACUGUAGAGUUACAAGUACAUUUAUAUAUAUAUAUAUAUAUGUUCCUGCGUCACUUGUGUAGUUAAAUUGUAUUCCAAGACAGUGAAAAAAUUGACAUGUAUAUACUGUUCAUUAUUGUUUAUAUUAAGUCUUGUUUUAAAUAUGUAUUAUGUGUAUAUAUUGUUUGGAGACAUUAUUGUUUAUGCCUUAGAAGGAUUGUAGCAUUUUAUUUUAGUCUGAAGGUAAUUACAGCUCUACAGCUUGUACAGUAAUUAUCCUCUACCAACACUGUGGCGUCUCCCUAAUCUUGGUAGUGCCUGCCUUUGAAACAGGGUGUAGGGGAUAGUAGUUUUCCAUUUUUCUAUUUUGUUAUAUAAUUUUAAGCCACCAGGGACUAAAUUAAAGUAUAAUCAUUUGUAUCCAUGUGGAAUAAAAUUGUGACAAUUUCCUAUACACACAGUAUUUUUUCAUAGAGACAUUUCCCUCCCAUUUGCCUUGCCUCAAAAAUAAAUUUAAAAGACAUUUGUAACCACUGUGUUUUAUCUACUGUGUGUUGUGGUGGCCUGUUGAAGGCAAAUAGAUCAGAAUUUUUUUGUACCUAUGUAAAAGUACUUGAAGUUUUAUUUAAAAUAAAAUGUUGUGGAAAAGGUA